AUGUCCGUUUCGGCGUCCACAUCCGCUUCGGAACAAGACCUUCCGUCGAAGUACCGGCGCCUUGCUUCUGCUUAUGCAAAGAUCCGUAGCGAGCUGAAAAUGGUUAGAAAUACCUUACAGGAGGAAGAGAUACGGGGUCGCAAUAAAUCGAUGCAGUUGAACGAAAGUGAAGCUCGAAUCCAGCGCCUUGAAGCAGAAGUUGAAAGCCUUAACUUCAGGAACAUCCAGCUGGAGAAACGGGUUUCGGUGUUGCGAAAGGAGCUAGAAACUUCGCGUAUGGACUAUGAUUCAAAAAUGCCCGCUAGAGCCUCCUCUCGGAUUUCACUUUUUCGAAAAAUGUCACAUUCUACCUCGGAACAGAUCAUUGAUCCCGCUCGCUGUGCUCUAGAGAACGAGCUCGCCACGAAGAUAGCUGACAACGAAAGCCUCGUUAAAAAGAUACGCGAUAUGGAGGUCGCUUACGAAACCGAAAUGGAACAAAGGAAGCGCCGAAUCGCUGAAUUGGAAGCGGACAAUCUUUCGUUACAACAGCAGCUGCACACUGCCGUUGAAGAUCAGGAAACACAGAUGUCUGAGCUGCAACGAUGCCAUCGAACGCUGACCGAGCGCUUCCAAACGCUACAAAACGAAUGCUCAAAAGAACGCCAGUUGGCUAAAAAAUGAUACUUAGAGUUAGAAAAAUGUUAUCAGUGGGGCAGUGCGGUUCAACACCUGCAAAGUGCAAAUGACAUCUACAGGGUCCUCAGCGCCAUCGCUGUAGAAAUUAAGACUGUUGCAUUCAGCGCCCAGAACUACUUCUCUUACAACGAUGCACGUCUACGGCUAUAUCCUGCUGACGAACUGACAGAAGAAACUAGCUCUGAAGUGAAACAGUGCUGCAACGUGCUUCCUAGGGCCGUGGACAGCUGUCGGACACUUGGUGGUCAGGUGGAUACUGCGUUGUCUAAUCUUUGCUCAAACUGUCGUUUGAUGAAAAAAUCAGAUGUGUUGCUUGUGCAAAAGGCAAUUUCUGAUGUAGUCGAAGGCUUUUCGAAGUUCAGCAUAUGGUUUAAAAAAUGCCUUGAGGCAGAGUCAGCAGUGCCUUGGUGCGACACAAAACUCGCGGAAGAAAAUCUCAAUUAUUAUCUGCGCCUGCAAGAGUUUUUGGAGUGCGUAAGAAAGUUCUCUUCAUCUGCGUCUGCUUCUUCCCCUUCGAUUGACUCAGUGCUUAGCAGCAGCUAUGAAUUGAAGGUAGCCGCUGAGCAUUCUUUGCCUGUAGCAACAAAGAAGCUGAAAGCAACGAACGAAUGCAUUGCUGCCGUUCUGAAUGCCAUUAGCAAAAGUCUGCAAAAGAUCAUAAAGAUCUGUGAAACUGACCGGCAAAUUGUCACCAGCUAUUUCUCUUACGUUAUGACCGUCAGCGACUUUCUGCACCCAAUUAUUCGUUCUUCAUGUAUCUACAACGCAACACUUUCUCAGGUGAAUAUUUCGCAUUACUCUGUUGUACCAGACUCUACUGUCUAUUGA